AGGCGGGCUCCAUCGCAAUCCCGCUGUGCAUUCCGCUGGGAAGCGGAGAAGGCGCAGCGGGUUCGGCCCCCUUCGCUGUGGCCACUGCGGCCCGUAGCUAAGGGGAGCGCGGCCGAGCUCGAAGCCGCGCCAUGUCUGGAAGUUAGAUGCAACAGCUUUGCAUAGCAUGCUGGGCCUCAGUGAGCUUUGAGGACGUGGCUGUGCACUUCACCCAGGACGAGUGGGCUUUGCUGGAUUCUUCCCAGAAGAGUCUGUACAGAGAUGUGAUGCUGGAGACCUGCAGGAGCCUCGCUACGAUAGGAUACAAAUGGGAAGACCAGAACUUGGAAGACCAUUGUAUAAAUCCUGGGAGAAAUCUGAGAAGUUACAUGUUUCAGACCUUCUGUGAGAAUGAAGGUGAUGAUCAAGGUGGAGAAAAUUUGCCUUGGAAACCAAAUCUCAGUAUGAACAUGAGAUGUUCCACUGGGUUAACCCCAUGGGAUCACAGUAUGUGGGGAAAGGCUUCCCCAAGCUACUCAUCCUCUAGGCAUACCACACCUCACUCUCAGUGUACCGCACACGAGCAGGAGAAAUAUGUGACCAAGCAGUAUAACUCUGAUUCUCUGAGAACCUUUCAGCGGUACAUGAGAACUCACGUUGUGAAUGGGCCAUGUGAAUGUGAAGUAUGCUUAAAGUACUUUGGCUUUCCAGGUACAUUGGAAAUACACCAGGAGACUCAGAGUGAAAACAAUCCCUAUCAAUACAAGGAAUAUGGAAAGACCUCUGUGGAUAUUAGUUCACUAUGCACACAUGGAGGAGCGCAGGCUGUAGGAAAAGGUUAUGAGUGUAACCAAUGUGGGAAAGCUCUGAGCUCUUACAGUUCACUUCGAAGACAUGAAAGAAUCCAUACUGAGAAAAAACCGUACAAGUGCAAACAGUGCGGGAAAGCCUUUCGAUACCACAGUUAUCUUCAUUUACAUGAAAGAAUCCACACUGGUGAAAAACCCUAUGAAUGUAAACGAUGUGGGAAAGCAUUUAUAUUUCCUGGUGCCUUGCAGGUACAUGAAAAAAUUCAUACUGGAGAAAAACGUCAUGAAUGUAAACACUGUGGUAAAGCCUUUAGACGACAUAGUGAUCUUCAAGUCCAUGAAAAAAUUCAUACAGGGGAAAAACCCUAUGUGUGUAAACAGUGUGGUAGAGCUUUUAGACUUAACAGCCAUCGUCAGAGACAUGAACAAACCCAUACUGAAGACAGACCCUUUAUAUGCAAACAGUGUGGCAGAUCUUUUGAAUGUUACAGUAAUCUUGAGUUACAUGAAAAAAUUCAUACCGGAGACAGACCUUUUGUUUGUACAGAAUGUGGUAAAGCUUUUGGGUGUUACAGUAACCUACAAUUACAUGAAAAAAUUCAUACUGGAGACAGACCCUUUGUAUGUAAAGAAUGUGGUAAAGCCUUCAUAUGUCAUGGUCACCUUCAGAGACAUGAAACAACCCAUACUGGAGAAAAACCCUAUGGAUGUAAACAAUGCGGCAAAGCCUUCAGUCGUAACAGUCAUCUUCAAAGACAUGAGAGAACUCACAGGCAAAUGUCUACAUGCCCCAGAAAAUGAUUCAGUCCAGUUAGGCAAACCAGUGGUUGUAUUAGGGUUACUUCUAGGACCAUGGACAGCUUACAUACAACUGUAUCUUCAAAAUGCUACUCCAGCCUGAGUUAUCACCCUGGAGAUCUCUGCAAAGCUUGCAGGCAGCUCAUCUGACAGGAAAGUCUCUUUGCUCAGCAACUGUUUACUGCUUUUGUAACCUUGGAGAAAGGCCUUGUAAAUCUUUUUAGGCUUAGUUUUCUGCAGUUUGGUAGUUGUUUACUUCCCAGGUCUCCAGCCUCCCCAUCUCAAUUCAAAGGAAAUCACUAGCAGUCCAUCUUACUGUUAAAUUUUAUAAUGUUUUUGAAUCUUGGGGUGGUAUAAACGACCAGCUAUGACUAAGUAUUGAGAUCCUCUACCACAACCCUCACUUAGCAGCUUUGCCGCAGACCCUCUGGGUCCCUUUGUCUGCGUUGAACGGGUCUCUGGGGCAGGCGGGCAAGGCGUCAGCAGGUGACAGACAGACCAACACGUGAGAUUGUGUAGAAUCUGAGUGUAUUGUCACAAAGUGAACACCAGUCUUAUAUAGUACAGAAAAUACAAGGGGUAGGAAGUCACAGCAGGCAAAGUACAUUGAAGUUACCUGAUACAAAACAAAGGAAUGACUUCAAAGGGACUUACAGGAACCAGGUAGAUGUUUACAGUAAAGUCAAAGCAGUCCUGCCUAAGGUCAGCUCAGUGUCAGGUAAGGAUUUCAUACUCUAGUGCUAUACCUUUGAUCCUUGUGAAGGCUAGCACCAGGGGGUUCUGCUCUUGGCAGACCUCAUGAAUAAUGCAAUAUCACAACCCCCCUAUUUCCUAGGCCUUGCUAAAUUCUUAUAUGAGUGUAACUUUUAAGUAUCUGGAGAAUCUCCAUUUGUCAGGAGAAUUCACCAACUUGCUUUUAAUAUGCAAUGCAGCCUAUACUGAAGAUUUCUGUCUCAGUGGGAUUCCCUGGCUCUAUUAUAGUAUUCCCUUGUUUGGGUGAGAUUUGCUACUGUCCUUAGUAAAUAUUUUGGAGACCAGCUCUGAGCUACUGGCUCUGUCUUAUGUAAUGCUUAAUUAGUUACUGAAUAGGUAACUUCCUUAUUGCAUUCCUGCCGGAUUCCAAGCUCAUCUGCUUCUGGGACCUUGGAACACUGGGGAGACUUAACUAUAACAGGAUUUAAUCUUAAAAGGCAUUUAUAAUAAAAUAUUAAAAGAGAGCUUGUAGUUUCAUAUACCAGACUAACUCGGGAAUAGUGUAUGAGUAUGGGUAAAUGAGAACUCCAAAGCUCCAGGAGGUGAGUUUCCAUGAAACUCUUCCUCGUGAGUGCUUCCAGACUUUUCAGCCUGUCAAGCAGACUUGACCGGAGUGCAUGGCACAGCUUCACCAGCGGCUGUGGUCUCUUAGGCACCAAGGUCUUACCAUCUAAGCUUUGGCAUGAAACCAGGAGCAGUGACAGUAACCUUUAUGGUUUGUGGUAACCUCAGGGGCCUUCUUGGCCAAUAAAUUAAAGCAGGUAUCCCAUCCCUGGCACUGGAAUGUUAUUUAGCAGUCACUAGGAGUGCCCUCAUACAGAAUGCCUUCCUUGGUUGGUUGGUUGGUUGGGUUUGAUUUUUUUCAAGACAGGGUUUCUCUGUAUAGCCCUGGCUAUCCUGAAACUCACUCUGUAGACCAGGCUGGCCUCGAACUCAGAAAUCUUCCUGCCUCUGCCUCCCAAGUGCUGGAAUUAAAAGCAUGUACCACCACUGCCCUGCCAGAAUGCCUUCAUUACUUAAACAGUUUAGCUAUUAAUAACUGACUUUAAAAAACAAAUCUAGCCUCAGUGGAUUUGUAAGUUAGGUGGAUGUGUGAUUGCACCUGGCUAUCAUUGGACUGGUUCUGUGUGUCAGUGUUAAUGGCUCUCCUUAUUUCAUCUGUUGGCACCUAUGCAUGACACUGAGUUGGGUAGGGCCUUUAUGCAUGGAAAUGCUUAUGAGAGGCCUGUGGCAGUGUCGACACAGGUGAGAGCUUAUUUACAUUCCUCACUGAUCAGUAUAGGCACCAUUUAGUGUCUCAGUCCCUCGUGGGGCAAGUUGACUUCCCAUCAUAGCAUCGAUCAAGGCCACCAUCAAGAACUAAUAUGGUGACACCUUGGGCUUUGGGGCUAGAAUAUAAAGAUACCUUGAGAGAAAACUCCACUGCUUAGAAGUGUUUUCUUCUUACCAUUGAGUGUGCCUAUUGCUGUGAAUGUGCUGCUGUCAUAGUCCUCCAUAUACAUCCUUUGGCCUUCCAGCAUGCUCACAAUGGCAGCAACUCUUAAGAAUUUUCCAGGUCUUUACUGCCAGAAUGAGAUGGCUCAGGCAUCCAGUUUCAUAGACUGAAGAGCUACUGGUCAGUCCAUCAUACGAAAAGCCAUCAUUUGGACUAACCAGCCCCACUGUGUAAGCUCUCCUACUGAAUCCCCUUUCAUUACACACAUACAGUCUAUUCAUCUGCUCUCCACAGAAUCCUUUGUAAGAUGAUUUUUGGUACAGAAAGGGCUGUAGAGAAACAGAAUUGAUGGUUAGUGAUGUUGUUCUUUUGACACAAUUCUUCUGAGCAUGCACAAACAUCUGGAUGGAGUCCUGUGGACCAAAAUAUACCAGGUAGAAAUAAAUGCCUUUAAGGAAAAGCAAAUUUUAAGUGCUUGUUACAAAAAGACUUAAAUCUCAAGAUACAGCCAAAGAGAAAGGACAAGGCCAUUCACCAUGCAUUUAGGGACACCUAAGAGCCCAUGAUGAGGAGUGUUCUGUCAAGUACUUGAACUAUUAAAGACUUUCAUUUAUUGCUUUUAUUGUAUGAGUUUUUUGCCUGCCUGGAUGUAUAUGCACUACAUGCUUGCCUGGUAAACCAAGUGAGCCAUGGGAACUGAACUCUGGGUUGUAGACAAGAACAGCAAGUGCUCUUAACCACUGGUAAAGACCUAAUAAAGGGACUGACUGGUCACGA